CUGAAAAGGUACUGUCAGUUUUUAAAGGAAUUACAAAUAACUCCAAAGAAGGAAUUUACGAAAAUUCUGUCUCUCUCAGGCAUCUGUGUCCUUUGUGCGAGUACAAGUGAAGAUGGCAUGAUGAAUGGCAUUGUAAUACUUAAAUCUGCAAUCUUCUAUCUAAUAAUCUUUGAAGCCCAUUUCAUUACUCUUAUUUCAUUUCAGAUACCUCAAAUAAGCUACUCCUCAACUUCGUCUGACCUGAGUGACAAAACUCGCUUCGGAUACUUUUCUCGCGUUGUUCCGCCUGAUAACCUGCAGGCACAGGCGAUGGUUGACAUUAUUGUUGCCUUGGGAUGGACUUACGUAUCAGCCAUCGCCGACGAGGGAAGCUACGGAGAAACGGGAGUCGAAACGUUCAAGCAACAGGCCGAGCAAAGAGGAAUUUGCAUUGCGGCCUAUGAGAAGGUGAAACGUGGAUUUCAUGACCAUGACUUUCUGUCACUGGUUUCAAGAUUGGAAAAGAACAAAGCUGUUGGUGUGAUUAUGUUCGUGCACGAGGACAAUAUCCGCAAAGUGAAGUUUUGUUUCGAUCGAUAUUUUACAUCGCUUAACCCACGUCAUUACAGAAGGAAUCCCUGGUUCAAAGAAUUUUGGGAACAUGAAUUUAACUGUUCUGUGAAAUUACCUUCUUGUUAUGGUAAUUGUUUGGAUAUAGACUGGCAGAUAUACGUUUUCACACACCUCCCUUUUGCAGAACUGUCGCUGGCUCGCGGUCAUAAACAAGAAGGAUACGUGCCUUACGUUAUCGAUGCGGUGUACACGUUGGCCCACGCGUUGAAAGCCAUGAUUGCGAGCCACUGCGGGGACAGAUCGUUCCACGCAUGUGACCUGUCAGUGAAGUUCAACGGAAGUGAACUUCUGCAGUACAUUCGACGCGUUAAUUUUAUCCGACUGGACGAAAAAGGCGAUCGCAUGGGCAUGUACGAAAUCUACCAAUUCCAGGGCCUGAAAAGACAUUAUGUCUCUGUUGGCAAAUGGACUGAUCGCAUCGUUGCCUCGACUGAUGAUGAGAAUCAAAAGGCAGGAUCACGCUACAAAAGCGGUAUCAUACCUGAUUCAGACUGUGCUAAGCCAUGCGGCUUCAAUGAGGUCCGUUCGCAGUCAGGUUCGUGUUGUUGGGCAUGCAUUCCGUGUAACGCGUCGUCAAUCAUGCCGAACGAGAGCUCGUGCAUUCCUUGCCAGCUAGGUCUGCUGCCGAACUCGGCCAAAAACGAAUGCGUUCCAAUGAUUCCGGAAAGCAUCGAGUGGGGCAGCUGGUGGGCGAUUGGACCGUCGGUAUUCAGCAGCCUCGGCAUUCUGGUUACGUUAAGCGUGAUGAUCGUAUUCAUCAAGUACAACCAGGUAUCGGUGAUCAAAGCGUCCGGCCGCGAGCUGUGUUUUGUGAUGAUCAUCGGGAUUACCUGUUCGUACUGUAUGACAUUUUUGCUGUUGCACCGCCCAAACCAGGUCACGUGCGCCAUUCAGCGAAUCAGCAUCGGCCUUUCUUCGUGCAUCACCUAUGCAGCAAUUCUGACGAAGACCAACCGCGUAGCACGCAUCUUUACCAGCAACGUGCAGGAUAUGCAAAGCCUGCGUUUUAUCAGUCCGAAAGCGCAACUGCUGAUCUGCAUGAUGUUGAUCUCGGUCCAGCUGUUGACCGCCUGCGUCUGGAUGAUCGUCGAGCCACCAAAAACCAGCCUGGUGUUUCCGAAUCGCUUCACCGCCGUACAGUCCUGCAAUGGUGGUCCGCUGCUGUUCCCCGUAUCCAUGGUCUAUAACAUGUUGCUGAUCGUGAUGUGCACGAUUUACGCGUUCAAAACAAGAAAGAUCCCCGAGAACUUCAACGAGACCAAACACAUCGGUUUCACAAUGUACGCCACGUGCAUCAUCUGGCUCGCCUUCAUCCCCAUCUACUUCGGCACCAACGACAAUUACAAGAUUCAGACCAUUAGUUUAUGUAUUUGCAUCAGCAUAAGCGGAACCGUGGCUCUGUGCUGUUUCUUCAUGCCAAAGAUUUAUAUGGUCUUGUACCAGCCGAUCAAAGUCAAACAGCAGGCGCGAAUGGCGGGCCUUGGCAGAGCGCAACUAGACGUUCUUCGACAGCAGAUGCAACUCAUCAGGUAA